AUGGCGGGCUUGAGGGGUGCGGAGAGCGGGUUGGUGGGCGGGGUGAGCGGCGGGGCGUGUGGUGGUGGCGGCGGUGGCGGCGGCAGUGCAGGCCGAGGCGCGCUGGUUGGAGGAGGUGGCUGUCGUCGCUGGCCGGGGUCGUGUGCUCACUGGUGGUCGUGUCGCGCCGUCCUGCCGCAGUGCCGCCGCGACGCGAGGUGCGCAGUGGUGACCAGUGCCGAGGUGGGCGUGGGCGUGCCGCUCAAACAGACACGUGGCGGCUGCCGGCGGCCCCCCCGCUGCCACCACGCCGGCCAGGGAGGGCGGGAGGCGGGCCACCGCGGCGCGAGCCCCGCGGUGGCCCGCCUCGUGUGGCCCCUCGUGGCGGUGCUCCUGGUGGUGGCCAUAGCAGGCCCGGCGCUCACCUGCUACCUGCUGGUCAAGGAUUACUCCGCAGAGGUCAUAACACUCCGGCGUGACCUUCUUCUUUGUCAACUGAGGUCAAGCCGCCUGCCGCCAUUUGACCUUGACCUCCUGGAUAGCCCCGACCUCCAACCUCUCCCACCCCCUCACACCCCACCACCCCCACCACCCAUCCCCUCCCUCCCUAGCCCUCCCUCGCCUCUUCCUCUUGUUGCGGAUACGUCCGAGAAGUUAUCUAGUCCUUCCUCUUCCUCUUCUUCUUCCUCCUCUUCCUUAGUGACCAGAGGGGAGAAGAGAGGUCCUCCUAAGGGUAUCCUGCAGGACUCCUCUGCCAGUGGUCCUACGGUGACUCCAAAGGGGGUUUUUAAAGGAGUUUCUAAGGAUAUCAAGGUUUCUAAAGGGGUUUCUAAGGAUAAGAAGGAUUUUAAAAGGUAUCCUACAGGAGUUCCUAAGGGUAAUACGUUUUCCCCUGAGAGUUUGUCCCUUAUAAUGAUGGAGGAUGAAUCUGCUACUCCUCCUCUUCCUCCUCCUCCUCCUCCUCCUUCAUCUCCUCCUCCUCCUCCUUCAUCUCCUCCUCCUCCUUCUUCUACAUCAUCAUCAUCGUCUUCUUCAUCAUCUCCUUCCUCUUCUUCUUCUAAUUCAUUUUUUGCGCUUUUCUCAUUUCUAACCACCAACACCACCACCACCACCACCACCACCACCACGCCAUCACCGCCACCCACCACAUCUACCACCACCACCACUAUCACCACCACCAUCCCCUCCUCCACCACUCCCUUCCAAUCCACCACAAUCAAACCCUCCGAUCAGCCGCUCUCCCAAAAGGAGUAUGUGGCGCUGUUGGAACGACAACUACGCGAUCUACGGGCGCGGGUGGCGGCGUGUCGGUCCUGCCUGGUGGCGCCGCAGAGGAAGCUGGCGACGUGUGGCGGCGGGAAGGCGUGGCGAGACUACAGACAACGGAGCCGCCUCCUACGCCGCCAGCAGAGACAAAGACGGAAGGAGGAGAAGAGAAGGAAGGAGGAAGUGCAGAGAUACAAGAACAGAGUCACUAGUCCACCUACUACCACUACUACUACUACUACUACUACCACUACUACGACCACGCCACCACCACCACCGCCACCUCACCAUUCUGAUCAUAACUUAGAUGCAAUACUGGCUGACGUCGCCUACAGUGAACAGAAGGACAACCAAAGGGCGCGAGAGACACACAGAAUGAGCACUGACUUCCGCCGGGGCUUCAAUCAAAAGAUAUCACGAAUGGAUGAAGCUUUGAUGCAGUUCACGGACACGCAGGCGGCGUUCUGCAAGGAGCUUCGAGACAACCUUGGGGCGCGCCUGGGGAAGAGAGGGCAGGAACUCGAAGCGCUCUCGGAUCAAAUUGCUUCACUCGUUCGAACCACCACGACCCAAAUCACUUCGCUCGAGAAAGUGGCUUCGGAUCAGAUGUACGCGGGGCAGAGCAGCAUUGAGAAGACACUGGCCAUCACACAAGCCAUUAGGGACUCACAGCUGCGGGCCAUACAGAACUACCACAAGCAGACCUUUCUCCCUGUCGCCGCUGCCAUCGCCACUAUUCUCACGGAGCAGGCCUCGGCGCUCACCUCAAUGGGAGUGGAGCUUAUCACGAAGGUUGAGAUGCUGCAAGACGUGUUUCUGACCUAUGCCACGAGAGAGGCGGACACACUCAAGAAACUGACGCAGGAUGUGGAAAUGUUUUCAGCCAAGCACAGUAACCUCGUGGCGCGCACCCGGGACCACUCUAACCAAAUCUACCUGAGUGCUGAGAGCUUCGUCAGGGAGAUACAGAACAGGAUGAACAACGUGGUGAAGGAGCUGGUGUUGAUCAGGAUGCAGAGCCAGACCUUCAUCUCAGCAAACAAUGACUCCCACAAUGAUAUCUCCUUCAGCGUGAACCAGACCCAGGCAGCGGUGGAGGAAUUAUCCCAGGGGCUGAAGGGACGCCUGGACAACGCCACGGACCUCCAGCAAGAGUUUGGGAAAGUCUUUAAGCGAGAAACGGACCAUUUCUCUGCUAUUGUUGAGUCUGGGAUAAGCGAGGCCCUCGUCUCAAACCACGCCUCAGUAAGCCACGUGGAGGAGGCGGAACUGGACACUCGAGUCUUCGUGGGGACAGCCAAAGCAGCGUGGGAGGAACUCUAUCUCACUCAGGAGGGAGAGUUGAGGAAAGAAGCUGAUAUUCUCACACAGAGCUUGCAAACACACACGCACCACACCCAGAACGUCCUUGCUGGGAUGAGGAGCACUGCGGAAACUCAUGAAUUGGUGUUGGAGGAGCAGCGAAUGAGUUUCCAGCAGUUCAUCAAGAAGAGACAGGACGCGUUGGACAACCAGUGCGCGGCGGUGAGUGACUGGGCAACCCUCAUGUCCACGGAGCUGCGCAGGAGAGACGAGGAUUUGCACCGCUUUCUUAGUGAAGAUCUUCAGUACACCACAGUCACAGUUGCUGAUGAUGAUGACUACAGAAUUUACCGACGCCCUGAUGGUUCGUGGGCGUACCAGUCCGACCACGCCCACGCCCACGGUCUCGCCCACGCCCGCCAGACCACCCCCAACGUGACAUAUCAGUUCGCAAGGAGUGUUUAUAGCGGCGGUUCGCUCCCCGCCACACAAUCUAGUCUGACAACUCGCCAUGAGAGCGACGCAGGCACACCGCCCCACGCCCUCACGCCCACAGCCGCCAGGGACAACCCCAGGGCCGCCCCAAGGGACACCAAGAGCCACACCACUGCCAGGGACACCCCCAUCGCUGCCAGGUACCGAGACACUGCCAGGGACACUGUUAUCACUGCCAAGGAAGCGAAUGAUUUUCCUAAGGGUAUGUCAGGGUCCUCCAAGGGUGUUUUGGGGACCAGUAGCAAUAACAGGACCUUGGAGACCCCCGGCAGCACCAGUAAGGCUGCCACCGUCACCAGUAUCACCAGUGGCGCUGACAUCACCGCCACGAGGAGUAACAUUGAUAUGGACUCUCAGAAUACUACCAAUAACUCCAACAACACCACCACCACCACCACUUCAGAGAGUAAGACAGACAAUAAUGCUUCACACAACACCGCAGACAAGGAAAAUGAAGCUAAACGCACUCCAGAUUCCACUAAAAGCACUGAAGAUACAACCAGGAAUGCUACAAACGCCUUUACAAGCAAUCCAAACACUGCCAAACACGCAAACACCACGGAAACAAACACACACACUGAACAAAGAGCAGAACACGAAGAACACACCAGGAAACAAUCAAACACCCCUAACUCCGAAGAUAUCCCUCCUCAAAGUCCUGCCGUCGCCUCUCUUUCACCUACCACCAACACACUCGACAUUUCCUCCCGUGCCUCUCUCCCCCUGACCUCUACCACUGCUGGGGCAUCAACGCAUAUUCCAGGGGCGGCAGAGACCCCUAGCAGCAAUGAACUUGAAGAAAAUUACUUCGUAUCAGAGGAAAGAGAAACAGAUGUGACUUUGAGCAGUUCCCAGUCUCUUCACAGCUCACAGAAAACUGGAGAACUCGGUAAUCACACAAUGGAGAGUAAAAAAGAUACCAGCACUAAUCAAAUCAAGGAAACGGUGGAAAAUAAAGAGGAAACUGAUAGAAAAUUAAAAACACAAGUGGGUAAAGACGCUCUUAGACAAAACGAUGGGGAAUACCAGCCACCUUGCAGAACGCCAUGUGAUACCAGUUCAAACCCAGCCAAUACUCAAGACAGCGAGGACGAGAGCGUGAAAAGGUUCCGCAAGAUACUGCAAGACGCUCAGGAGGCGAUAAAGAAGUUCAGAAUGGACUUUCAACACUCCGAUGCUAAUGUUACACGAUCGAAUGCUUCAGUAACAGCUUCUCUUGUUCCCUGGGAGGAGUUUGUUGCCGAGAAGAACGCCCAACGUAUCACACGGUGCGGAAACAAGACUAAAGACACUGGUGCUGGUGGUGAAUGUGAUGAUAGCGAAGAAGUCAACAUUACACCAUCGGAAAUAGAAGUUAAUGAAGGAAUAGCGGAAUCUAAGACUAAAGAAGAGGAGAUUUCAAUGCAUGUGGGAUCAGAAAGUAAAAAUAAGAAUGAUACAGCAUUAUAUAUAGGAGAUAAUAAAGGAAUAGUGGAAUCUAAGACUAAAGAAGAGGAGAUUUCAAUGCAUGUGGGAUCAGAAAGUAAAAAUAAGAAUGGUACAGAAUCAGAUAUAGGAGAUAAUGAAGGAAUAGUGGAAUCAGAACCUAUGAAAGAAGAAACCCCAACAAAUGUAUCAGAAAACAAAGACAUGAGGAAUCCAUUACAAAAUCAUGGACAGGAUAACAUAACCUUGUCAGAAUCAGGAGAUAAACGGAAUCCAAAACCAAAAAUAGAAUCAGAAAGCAAACAAAAGAAUCCAAUACGACAUAAACACAGGAAAACGAAAAGUAGACGAAACAGAAACAGGAAACGAAGCAAAGGGAAUAGAAAAGAGAGACAAAGAGAAGAAAGAAGUGGUGAUGGUGGUGGCAGCGGUGGGAUAGGAAGCAAUAAACGAAGAAGAAACAAUAAGAAAAGAAACAAGAACAAGAAAUCACAAAAUGGAGACAUAACUGAAAAUUCCAGACUUUUCACUCCCAUCCCUCUCAUAGCCCACCCUCCAAUCCACUCUCCCACCCCAGCGCCCUCUCACCCCUCUCACAACUCUCCCACCCCUCCCCUAAGUCCCUCCAUGCCCACUCUCACUCUCUGGGGCACGUGGCAAUCUCUCCUUCAAAAAGACGCAAGGAAAAAGGAAAACGAGAUGCCAGAGGUGGAAGAAAACGAAAGUGUGACGUUAGUUGAGGAUACCCUGGGUGAGGAGAAAGAAAAUGGAGAUACUGUGGCAUAGAAAAUGGGAUGUGGUUGUGUGGAAAUACGUUGUGAGAAAUGUAAAGAAAAUGGAGAUAAUGUGAUAGAGAAUUUAGAUUACAGAAACGAAAAAAUAAAGUGAAAAGUAGAAAAUACAUAGCAAAUUUAAACGAAACUUGUGAAAAAUAAAGAAAAUAAAACUAUGAUUGAGAGAAAAAAAAGGAAAAUAAAUAAUAAAAAAACAGCAUCUAGAAAAUUAAACUGAAAAUGAAUCUUAGGAAAAAAAACAUGAAUAAUAAUAAAUACAUAACAUUAGAAAACAAAAGAAAACGAAAAUAAGGAGGGAAACUUUAAGGGAGGACAAAAGUAAAUGGUGUACAGAAUAUGGUGCUAAUGGUGAACUGUGAAAAGGGAGGAAGAUAAUGGUGAUGGUGACAGUGUUAAUGGUGAGUGCCAGUGAUGGUGACAAAGGGUGCCAAGAGAGAGAGAGAGAGAGAGAGAGAGAGAGAGAGAGAGAGAGAGAGAGAGAGAGAGAGAGAGAGAGAGAGAGAGAGAGAGAGAGAGACUGGGUGUUUA